AUGUCCACCUUCCAUCUCUUCCCUCAUCUCCCUAUUGAACUUCGCAUUCGUAUCUGGAACUCAACAGCUUUCCCCCAUAUGGUACAUGUGAAGCGACGGUGGGUAAGUAGAUACGGCGAGUUUGGGCUCCAAUAUACGGCUACAUCAACGCCGUGCCCUCCAGUGGUGCAGGUCUGCCAGGAGUCUCGACGACACGAGCCAUAUCAGCGAGCCUUUACAACUGGUGCUGAGCCGCGGUAUAUCUGGGUCAACUUUGAGACUGACAUGAUAUGCAAUGACGACAGCCACAACGCACUGAAGCUCGCACCACAUGAACAAGAUGUACAAAGACUCAGGUUCUCAAUUGAUGACGAGCUAGCUUACAAGUACCUCUCCAUUUGCGGCGACCAAGAAUUUAAAAAUUUCGCCAAUAUCAAAGAGAUAUACAUAGCAGUAGACAGAGAAAUCGCGGGUUUUAGUGUGGAUCUUCUGGCAGAUACUGUGAACCGAUGCUUCAAUGAACAGGACGAUAAGGUUAAACUCAUCGACGUCGGGUCAGGGUAUAUGAUGAAUGCCAAUCAGGUCCGCAUAUUAAGUGAUUGGAGGAAUUAUUACUCUUUUGAUACUUAUGGAAAGGCAAAUGUAAACACCUUUGAAGAGGACAUGCGGCGGAUACAAGAUCUCGGCUCCAUUCUCACAUUGUCGGAGAUGCAUGCCCUUGAUGAUGAAAUGCCAAGUCUGAAGAGAACCAACAGCAUCUAG